AUGAAACUUAGUAUUGUUACUUUUAUUGUAACAGUAGUUGUGUUAUCAGUGAUCUAUAUUUAUAAUAGUUCAACAUUAUUAGAAUCUAGAGUAUUGAAGGAUUAUGUUGAAAAGUAUGAUCCAAAUUAUAAAUGGACAUUAAAUGCAACUUAUAACACUAAUGUCUCAACAAUUUACAUAUUAGAAUUAACAUCACAAAAAUGGGAUAUGGGAAAUUCAAGUAGUCCACUUUGGAAACAUUGGUUAACAGUUUGUAUACCAAAUAAUGCAACAGAAAAUUUAGAAACUGGUUUAUUACUUAUUGAUGGAGGUUCAACAGUGAAUUGGGCAGUACCAAGUGUUAAUGGUUGGAGUUCUUUUGGUCAACAAUUAUGUAAAACAUCAAAUGAAAUUACAGCAACAGUUCAACAAGUACCAAAUGAACCAUUGAUUUUUGAUAAUAAUGGUAUUAAAAGAUCAGAGGAUGGUAUUGUUGCACUCACAUGGCGAAAAUAUAUUGAUACAAAGGAUUCAAAUUGGGUUAGUUUACUUCCACAAACUAAAUCUGCAAUUAAAGCAAUGGAUGCAGUUCAAGAAUUUGGUAAAGAAAUUGGUAAAUUUUCAAUUAAAAAUUUUGUUGUAACUGGUGCUUCAAAGCGUGGAUGGACAACAUGGGGUACAGCAAUGUCAUCAGAUAAACGUGUUGUUGGUAUUGCACCAAUGGUUAUACCAAUUUUAAAUGUUGCAGAAAAUAUUGGAUCACAAAUGCAAGAUCUUGGUGAAUGGUCAUUUGAAUUAUAUGAUUAUAUUCAAAAUGGUAUCACAAAUUUCCUUUAUACAAAAUAUUUUGAUAAUCUUAGAAAGAUCAUUGACCCAAUUAAUUAUAUUAAUACAUUGGAACCAAUUGCAAAAUAUGUAUUAAAUGCAGCAGAUGAUGAAUUCUUUGCAGUUGAUAGUCCAAAAUUCUUUUAUAGUAAAUUAAAAGGUGAGACUAGAUUAAACACCUAUCCAAACACUAAUCAUAAUGGUAUUAAGAAACAAGCAGUUGCCAAUGAUAUUGUAAACUUUUUCAAAUUGGUCGCAUUUGGUAUUGAACGUCCAGAGAUUGAAUGGUCAAUUGAAUACUCUCAAGAUAAAAACUUUGGUACAAUUAAAAUGAAAGUUUUAAAAGGUGUACCAACUAAAAUCUCCUUAUGGUUUUCAACAACAAUUUCAACAACAAUGAGAGAUUUCCGUAUGUAUACAUGUGAAGAUGCUUCAUGUUAUCAAAAUCUCGAUUGGCAAUCCAUUGAUAUUGAAAUCUCACCAGAAAACAAUUAUUUCUAUACAAUGGAAAAACCAGCUGCUGGUUGGACUGGUUUCUUUUAUCAAGUUGAAUUUGAAACUGGUUCAUAUUACUCAACUGAAGUAUCAAUUGUACCAGAUAUUUUACCUUUCCCAAAAUGUCCAAUGUCAGUUUGUGCUUCUGGUAUUCCAGCUUAUAAAAAUAAAACUUUAGAAAUAGAAAAUAAUUAA